GUGUGUAUGACUCGCCAGACUUUUCCUUUGCUACCAUUCCUCCUCCGAGCUGCAUGGUUCCAUCGAGCUGUGCCACGUGCCGCAAACAAACCUUUCGUGACUCGGAAUGUGAUGGCACGAGAAUGACGCAGGCGGAAAUCGGCAUGUGCAUCUUCCUGGCACCUGUGUGCCAGCCGUCGGCAGAUGAAUCUUCAUCUCAACUGACUAAUCAAUCCAUAUUCAAGUCAACAUACUUCCUUUAUUUACAGUUGUCACUUACAAGGACACUUAGCUAUCUGGAACCACAGGUCUGGCACUGUGUGUGUGAUGUUAAUACUAGCUUAACUAUACCGGCUUUCCACUCGCUUUGUUUGUCUUUUUAUUUAUUUUUAUGCUUCUUUUUAUUUUUAAGAUUCUCCUCAAAGCAAAUUGGCCAUUGAAUUUGGCGUAUUGAGGUGACCAUAGUUUAGAGACAUUUGUCUUACUUGAGGAAUAUUUUUCAUUCAUUUAAUCGUUUUCAGCUAUUAAUUACAAAUUAUAAUCUCAUUCAUGCCAUGUAUAGCGCAGUAAUUCAACCACAUUUUUGUUUAGAAUUUUCCCCAGUAAUACACCAUUUUAAGAAUAGACCGGUAUGAAUAUUUGUCAAAUUCAUGCACUGGCUUUGAGAACGUUCAUGUACAUCUGUUUUCUUAAGAGGACAUUCCACUUAGUGUUGAGGAAUUCCUCGUYAUACUGCUUUUGCUUAGAGUUGCUAUCGGCUGUAACGGUGACAUCCGUAUCCCAAAACAAACUUUCCAAUUUGUGUCAGUUGAUUUGGUUCAUCAAUAAUAUCUGCAUAGGUCUCCUAACUAAAAAGAAGCAUUCAGUUUGUACUAAUUUGAACAGUGUGCAUAGCACAUAUAGAUUCAUGCACCGCCAAAUGUACUCUUCUUGCGUAAUUCGGGAAGGCCCAAUCUGAUAUACACCAAUUCAAGAGGAUAUAGCAAUAUAUUAAAUAUUGUUUUCUAACAGUCUUAAGUUUUAAUAAAUCAAAUUCACCUGUGUUCAUAAAAUAUUCAUUGCUACUCAACAUAAACAUGUUCAAUACAGCAAAUAACAUGAGCAUAACUCAGGGCUAUGACAUAAUCAUUAAGGUAAGGGGCUCUUGUCUUAAUAAUCACUUUCUAUGGGUGCCUUUUAUAGCUAAGCWAUUUUGGGAAUUGUAGUUUGUAUUUUUCCUAAAUCCAAGCGUGUACGUUUUUCGCAUUACAUUUUUUAAUAAACCAAGUAUUUUGGUGCGAAUUUUCUUUGUGUAUGCUCUCUUCAGCCUUUAUCCACAUCUACACUAAAUUGAAAUGAAUACUUUUCUGAUAAUACCUACUGAAACUAAAUCAAGUACAGUCGGAAAGAAAUGCACUUAUGCUUCUUUCGUCCAAUCAACCGGUCUGAUUUCGACGCCCUCCAAUCUGGUUUUGCCUUUUGAGGGGAUGGGCAGAGAUUGUGCUGUGGCUAGCAGGCGCGGCGCCAUUUCAUCUCGGAAACCAGUGGCAUUCGACAGUGAAAGCAGGAGCAUCAUCACCAUGGUGAAAAUCUUCAUUGGGAAUUUGUCUCCAGACACCACGGCAGAGGAGCUGCGCUCCCUCUUCUCCCAGUAUGGCAAGAUCUCAGAGUGCGACAUCAUCAAGAACUUUGGCUUUGUGCACAUCGACGACAAAGCCAAGGCGGAAGAUGCCAUCAAGAAUCUCCACCACUACGAGCUCAACGGGCAGGCCAUGAAUGUGGAGAUGAGCCGCGGCAGACCCAAAGCCUCCACCAAGCUGCACGUGGGUAAUAUCAACAGCAGCUGUACCAACCAAGAACUACGGGCCAAGUUUGAGGAGUACGGCCCAGUGGUGGAGUGUGACAUAGUGAAGGACUACGCCUUUGUCCACUUGGAGCGUGUGGAGGAUGCCAUGGAGGCUGUCAGUGGGCUGGACAACACAGCCUUCCAAGGCAAACUGCUGAGCGUGAAGCUUUCGACUAGCCGCCUGCGUACUACGCCUGGCAUGGGAGAGAGGACUGGUUGUUAUCGGUGCGGGCAGGAAGGCCAUUGGUCCAAAGAAUGUCCGCUCGACACGUUGGGCAACUACAGAGAGGGUGCCGAGCCAAGCUCUGACGGAUUCGAUGGCGGUGCCCCCAGGUUCGGCGGGGGCAGUCGCAGCGGCCGCGUUUAUCAACGGGGCUUCAGUGGCGGCGAUCCAGGUUACAGUGGCAGCUACGCUUCCGUGCACGACUUUGGCAGCAGAGGGUCUGCUUACGGCAGCGGCAGUAUACCCGGGUAUGGCAGGGGCGCGGGCUACGAGAGCGCAAUGAGUUACAGUGUCCCGCAGGGUUAUGGAAUGAGCGCUGCCGAACAAUGCAUGGCCCGGACAUACGCCAGCGAGGCAGUGUACGGCGGCACCAGCUCGAGCUAUGGUGCGAUCCCAGCCAACCCAGUGCGCCGGUCAUCUUACGAGGACCGGGAUCCUUAUGGUGUUGUGGACUUCUACGAAAAGUACCGGGCUCGUUCGUAUGGAGCCAGUUAUUUCGAAGAGCGCCGGUCUGUCCCUUUGCCAGCCCCACCUCCCCCCUCCUCGGCCAUAAUGAGGGAGCGCCUGCCGCCCUCUAGCCUCGACCUAUACGAGCGCUGUCCCCUCCCUCCUCUACCAGCCUCCAUCUCCUCAUACUACUCCCGCGACCGGAGCCCGAUCCGGCGAAUCCCUGCUGAUGCUGAGGGCUACGCGUACGAGCGCGCGCGCCUCUCCCCGGUGUCCUCCCUCCCCAGAAGCUUGGCUUAUGACAUCCCGCGGGACCCCUACGCCGAGCGGGCGCGCUAUGCUUACUAACCUUUUUCCCACUUGUCCAGGUAUCGCAACAGUGUCGUGCUCGGUUGGCCAUCUUAGUUCCGUCUCGCUAUGCGUUUCGACUUGGCCGUGGGAUGGAUGGGGAAUG